UCUGCCCAUUGCUCCGCCCAGCCCCACGUGCGUGCCGCGAACCGGACGCGCGCCGAGCGGAGGGUCUGUCUGCUGGGAAGUUUGGGAGGCAUUGGGGCGCCGUUGAGGCGCAGGUUCGGGCGCGGGUCCGUGCGGGCGAGCACAGAGAUCCCGCCGCCUGCUCUCUCGCCGUGGGACCCGGCGCCCCGAGCCCGGCGCUAAAGGCACUCUGAUUUGGGGGAGCAAGCCAAUUUAGAGCCUUCAUACCGGCUCAUCUACAGGUUGCAUUUUUUAAAAGGCCGUGGCCCAGACCCAGCAGUGGCGGCACCCGCUGGGCGCCUGGAGCUUGGUGAGGCGAGGUCUCUGCAGAUCUGGCUCUUGGCACUGGGCCCCUGGCAGAGGCAUGGCUGCCAGGCUGGACCCCCGCAGGCAGCAUCUCCCGCUGCUGAAGAGGAGGGGAGUCCUGCUGCUGAAACUCACGGCCGUGACCUUAGCGGUGCUUCUGUUCUGUGAAUUCCUCGUCUACUACUUAGUAAUCUUUCGCUGUAACUGGCCUGAGGUGAAACCUCCCACGGACUCAGACGGUGGCCAGGGGACCCCUGAGCCUGUGCUCAGGGCCAUGUUUUUGGCCGACACCCACCUGCUCGGGGCCUUGCGAGGCCACUGGCUGGACAAGUUACGGAGGGAGUGGCAGAUGGAGAGAGCCUUCCAGACGGCGCUGUGGCUGCUGCAGCCGGAGGUGGCCUUCAUUCUGGGGGACGUCUUUGAUGAAGGGAAGUGGAGCUCCCCCCAGGCCUGGGCGGACGACGUGGCCCGGUUCCGGAGGAUGUUCCGACACCCGCCCCAUGUGCAGCUAAGGGCAGUCGCUGGCAACCACGACGUCAGCUUCCACUACGAGAUGAACACAUACAAAAUAAAACGAUUUGAGAGAGUUUUCAACCCAGAAAGGCUGUUUUCUUGGAAAGGAAUUAAUUUCGUGAUGGUCAACAGCAUGGCCCUGGAAGGGGACGGCUGCGCCAUGUGCUCUGGGGAAGAGGCUGAGCUCCUGGAAAUCUCUCGCCGCCUCAACUGCUCUCGGGAGGAGCGUCGCCCCCGCGGGUGUGCAGACGGGCAGCUGCCGCCGGCCUCGGCCCCGGUCCUUCUACAGCACUUCCCGCUUUACCGGAGAAGCGACACCAACUGCUCCGGGGAGGACGCCGCGCCCCCCAGUGAGAAGGACAUCCCCUUCAGGGAGCGGUACGAUGUGCUGUCCCGGGAGGCCUCGCAGAAGCUGCUGUGGUGGUUCCGGCCGCGCCUGGUCCUGAGUGGCCACACGCACAGCGCCUGUGAGGUCCUGCACGGGGCCAGCAUCCUCGAGGUCAGCGUGCCAUCUUUCAGUUGGAGAAACAGAAACAACCCCAGUUUCAUCAUGGGCAGCCUGACGCCCACGGAGUACGCCCUCACCAAGUGCUACCUGCCCUGUGAGGACACAGUGCUGAUCACAUACUGUGUGGCGGUGGGGACCCUCGUGCUCCUCACCCUCCUCCAUGUGGGGCUCCUGGCCUCUCCCUUGCAUUUUGGUCGGAACCUGCUCAGGAAGUUUAAGACUACGUGAGCAGCAGGGGCUUGCUGCACUUCGUGAUGGAGCCAAAGGAAUUGGACCUGGGCUGUACCCAUGGAGGGGAGACCUCAGGAGUGCGAGUGGGGACCACUCAGGGUCCUGCAGAGCCAGUGGCUGAUGUGUUGUUCUCGUGCCGUAGCAACGCAACCUGUCCUGUACAAUGAGCCUGUCUUUUAUCACAUACACGUGCGGUCAGCGACUGAGUGUACAGCAUGUGACAGCUGUGAGCAUGUCACUUCAUGCGCUGACAGCCCUCCUUCCCUGCAGCCCAGCCAGAAACACUGAUUUGCUUCUGUCCUCCUGUGAGUGCUUCUCAGAGCCUAUGUUGUAUAAAUAUGUAUACUAAAAAUAAAACUACAGAUGCUAUGAGCAGAAAUAUAUUGUUCUCAGAGACUUGUAGUUCUCACUAAAUUAAUGGAAUCGGCGUUUAGGUAAAUAUAAUUUUCCCUCUAGCCGACCAAGCUGUUAAAUGUGAAUUGAAUGUCAGUGAUCAAAAGAAACUUGAGAAAUGGACCAGGAAGAGGCUUUUGGUAUUUUAAAAUAAACAUGCCUUGGCAAUUUUAAGCCAGA